UGGUUUGGUGGGCCUGCAGCGAGGCGCCGCAUUCUCGGGCUUAGGUCUAAGGCGUCGGGGUUCUUUGGGGACUUGGUCGUUUUUCUUCUCGCUUUUGUGUCCGUGCUUAGCACGGGCAUUUGCUGGGCCCUCUUUUUUGACCGUGCAAAUCGGAUGCACCCCGUCCUCGUUUCUGUGUCACAUCUCCUUAAUGCUCAGGAAAUGCUUCCGGAUGUGCAACCAACAUUUGAGACUUAGCACCUAGGCCUGUGAGUCAGGAGAGACGAUACGAAGACCUCCAAAAAAAGGACCCGUUCCUCGGAUGAGCCCCCUCACAGAGAGAUGAAGGGGCAGCAGAAAACAGCUGAAACGGAAGAGGGGACAGUUCAGAUUCAGGAAGGUGCAGUGGCUACUGGGGAGGACCCAACUAGUGUGGCCAUCGCCAGUAUCCAGUCAGCUGCCACCUUCCCUGAUCCCAACGUCAAGUACGUCUUCCGAACUGAGAAUGGGGGCCAGGUGAUGUACAGGGUGAUCCAGGUGUCUGAGGGGCAGCUAGAUGGCCAGACUGAGGGUACUGGUGCCAUCAGUGGCUAUCCUGCCACUCAAUCCAUGACCCAGGCAGUGAUCCAGGGUGCCUUCAGCAGUGACGAUGCAGUUGACACAGAGGGGACAGCUGCUGAGACACAUUAUGCUUACUUCCCCAGCACUGCCGUGGGAGACGGAGCAGGGGGCACCACAUCUGGGAGCACAGCUGCUGUCGUUACCACUCAGGGCUCAGAGGCAUUGCUGGGGCAGGCAACUCCUCCCAGCACCGGUCAGUUCUUUGUGAUGAUGUCACCACAAGAAGUAUUGCAGGGAGGGAGCCAGCGCUCAAUUGCCCCCAGGACCCACCCUUACUCCCCGAAGUCAGAGGCUCCCCGGACAACUCGGGAUGAGAAACGCAGGGCUCAGCAUAAUGAAGUGGAGCGCCGCCGUCGGGACAAGAUCAACAACUGGAUCGUGCAGCUGUCUAAGAUCAUCCCAGACUGCUCUAUGGAGAGCACCAAGUCUGGCCAGAGUAAAGGUGGAAUUCUAUCCAAAGCCUGCGAUUAUAUUCAGGAGCUUCGGCAGAGUAACCACCGGUUAUCUGAAGAACUGCAGGGGCUAGACCAACUGCAGCUGGACAAUGAUGUUCUCCGACAGCAGGUGGAAGACCUUAAAAACAAGAAUCUGCUGCUUCGAGCUCAGUUACGGCACCAUGGCUUAGAGGUCGUCAUCAAGAACGACAGCAACUAACUUUGGGGACUCAGGGGCUUGGAGCCGGGAAUUGCAGAUAGCCCAGGAGCAGCAGACUAAUCUCGUGUCCCUUUCCUUCACUGCCCACUUCCGGCAUGGGACUGGGGCGUUUGGAAGGCAUGUCUUUGAAUUGAAGCCCUGUGGUAUAGGAGCCUGCAGUGUGUGGUGUUAAACACGCGUGGCACGUGGACAGCCUUGCCCUCCCCCACCAUGCAGUCCCUGGGCCCUUGUGCCUCUCUUGCACAAUGCAUGUGCUGUCUCCGUGAUGGACACUGGACACACUAAAUGGGGGGCUUGCCCUGUGCUUGCUUAGAGUGCCCAGCAGAGGGUCUGCCAACAAGUGAUAUCUGGCUCUUCCACUGGUUCUUCCUUUCCGGGAGCCCAGGCCCCCAUGUGUUCCUGGUGACUGAGGAGCAGGCUUACUCACAUGAAGGAAGGAUGGGAAGGAUCGAAGCAGGCCUGCCAGCCCGAGAACUGGAGAUGGCCCAGCAAGCAGCUGAGCCCUAUGCAGAAGUCUCUGAAGCCAGGGAGAACAAUAGGCUGGGACCUACUUGGGGCCUUUCCCUGUGUAGGGGUGGUUCUUUUUAUUU